AAAUUUACAAUAAGAUUAUAAUGAUAAAAUCUUUCAGUUUACUACACACUUGCAUAUCGACUGCCGAAGUAGGUAGUCUUGUUUCAUCGCUUGCUCAGUCUGUAAAAUAAAAUAUUAUCUUCGUUGACAUGACAGGUACCUUCUAAUAAAUCAUUUUUAUACUGUGCCACUGUGGUCCAUAUCAAAGUACCAUAUUUUUCAUUGUUAUCACAAUGGAAAGGUUUAUUCCAUAGACCUAUGGUCUAAAGUUUAAGAUUUAUGGUUUCCACCUUGCUUGUCACCUUAGAAUGAAACGGUUUCUUUUGAUUAGUUUGCUUGAGAACAACGGGGAAAUCGGCAUUUUGUCUAAAUUUUAUAGGUUUGCAUCAAGCUUUAUAGUGGAUAUAAUAAUUUAUAAACCCUGGGCAGUUGAAAAACGUAAAAAAAAUAUGUUGAAGUUAUUAAAAUUGAAACCAAGAUUUGUCAUUCGAACAAUCGCAACUUACCAAAAUAAUGUAUCAGUUCAACAAAAUUUAACGAAAUAUUUUCAAGAUAAAAUACAUAUAAAUGGUCCGAUUACAUUAGCUGAAUUCAUGCGAGAAUCAUUAAAAACAUAUUAUAAUAGUGGAAAUGUCUUUGGGUCUGAUGGAGAUUUUAUAACAUCUCCUGAAAUAAGUCAACUUUAUGGAGAAAUGGUUAUGCUAUGGUUGUUAAGCAUGUGGGAAAAAGCAGGGCGUCCAUCUCCUGUGAAUUUAAUAGAACUUGGACCAGGCACAGGAGUAAUGAUGACAGAUAUGUUAAGAUUAUUAAAACAAACUCAAUAUAGCUCACUUGACCUUAGCAUACAUAUGGUAGAAACAAGUAAAAAAUGUAGUCUAGAACAAGCCAAUAAACUAUGCAAUUCAGAUUUAUGGAUUGAGUCAAACAAAUGUUAUUAUCAACGUGGUAUAACAUGUGAAAAAUAUGGCACAAAAGAGAUAUUUUGGUAUGAAUCCAUAGAUGAUAUCCCUAGAAAUACAUUUAGUUUAAUAGUUGCCCAAGAAUUUUUUGACGCUUUACCUGUACAUAAAUUUAGGAAAAUUAAUGAGAAAUGGCAUGAAAUACUAAUAGAUAUUGAAAACUAUUUAAAAGGAACAUUUUGUUAUGUCUUAAGUAAGGCGUCUACACCUACAUCAAAUUUAAUAUCUACAAUAGAGUAUUAUAAAUGUUCAAAUCUCAGAAAUGAAACUGAAAUUGAAGUUGGGCUGGACGCCGCUAUCAUCAUGGAAAAGCUUAGUGAAAGAAUAAUAAUAGAUGGUGGAAUAUUUCUAUGUAUUGAUUAUGGACAAGAUAAGCCUAUAACUGAUACCUUUAGGGCUUUUAGUGGACACCAACAAGUUAAUCCAUUACAUAAUCCUGGAACAGUAGACUUGACAGCAGAUGUUGAUUUUUGUAGACUAAAAAAUGUUGCUGGAAUUGAUGUUUUGGCUUUUGGACCAAUUGCCCAAAAUAUAUUUUUAGAGAAUAUGAUGAUUAAUUUGAGAUACCAAAAUUUGAUGACCUUGACAAAAAAUGAAAAAGAAGCAACAUCACUUAAAUUUGGUUAUAAUAAAUUAAUGGAAAUGGGUAAAAAAUUUAAAAUAAUGGGAAUGGUACCAGCAACAAUGGCACCGAUAUUGUAUAAUUCUCUGGUUAGUGGAUUUGGUUUAUAUAAUUCAACAAAAAAGUGAGAAUACUAUUGUACUGAUAUAAAAUCUAACACAUUAUACAUUAUAAAUAUUAAUAAUUUAUAAAUUUCCAAACUAUGUCUGAUUUGAAUAAAUUUUUGUUAUUUU